AUGUCCAGCACGCUGCAAUCUCCUUCCCGCCUUGGGCUACAGCUCCAAGGCUAUGACCAGGUCAUUGCUCUAUCUCAGGGCAACAUCAAUGAGGCCUUGGAGCUUCAUUUCAUGCGCAACGAAAGGCUCCAGGAGUUGAAAGCCAUGUUCCCAACAUAUGGACCCAGAGGAAACUUGUCCUCUCCUUCGGUGCACUUGAUCGACAAGGAGAACGCCGACCAACCUCAAUUUCCAAAGCGGGACUAUGUUGAAGAUGGCUCCCCUCUACCAGUUGACCUGCCAACACGUGUCAAAGUUGAUGUGUCUGGCUGGUCCUUGGCGUUCUUUGUGGACUUUUCCUUCAAGAGAAUGGCUACCGUUCCAGAUAAGAUCAGGAGCGCGAUUGAGCUUCCGAGAUCUUACAGUGUCAAUCAGUUAUUGAACGACUUUGGAACGCCUGAAAUUCUCAACCUUGCUUGGGAUCACUGCAAUAUCUCAGGUGUGCCAGAAUCUCAAAAGGUUACGUGCCGGGCGCAAAUACGCAUGUUUCUGGGUACACAUUUGGAAUCAGUUCUUCUCAAGGAACCUGACCACAACAUUCUUGGCUACACUGUCAAGAUAGACGCACCGCCAGAUGGAAAGACAGCAGAACAACGACUCAAGGAGGGGUCCGCGAAAUUCCCCAGUUUCCCUCCAACCUCAGUCCGGUUGCAGACUAUUAAUUAUCGACCUGAUGGGAAAGAGGUUCAGACCGGAAGUGAAAGAAGCGACCAUAAUGCCUUUCUAUUCACUGAAAUGAUGCAGUUCCGAAAGAUGCCCAACCAGGACCUUCAGUGGUCAGGCGAUUGGUUCUACAACGGGAUCGGCGGUACCUUGGCAAUGUCGCGAGGAAUCUUCCUAGACCAAUACCUAGCUGAAAAGCUCCCGCCGGCUAUCGAUGGUCCGGACCACAUCCCCGAGUUCCAAUCCAAAGGUGACCAGGAGUGGAUUUUGAAGAGGCCGCGUGAUGCCAACAUGAACAUGAACAGAGGUACUGUAGUUCAACUGGCAUACCAUGGAGUGGACGAAAACGUUGCGAAAUGGGGCGAUGGGAGGUCUUCAUUAGUUGAGAUGGAACAUUAUAGGCACAACAAGGCUGAACUCUCUUGUGCUGUCGAGCAGCAAGUUGGCACUAUUAAGAUCAACAUAACAACGGAGCUCAGAACCAAUACCCAACGUACAGUCAAGACCCAAGUUGGAUCGUCAGAUCUUCAAUUCGCAUGCAAGAUUCAAUGGAACGCCACCAUCGAGCUAAGAGCAAUUGAGACAGAUACGAGGUUCCUAGUCCGCGUCGAGUCGAAGAAGCCAGUUGUCGACGUCAACAUUAUUAAAGACAUUGCCAAGUCUUAUGGCACCGGGGAGGAAGCUGAGCAGUGGAAGCAAUGGGUUCAAGAGGGGGCGGAACGCCGGAAGAAGUCGCCUCUCAAAGAGAGGGUUGAAGGCCACAUUGAGAAUUAUGGGCAUUUGAUAGGGAGCAUGGCAAGUAAUUUGGAGGAGGUGUUGAAUCAGCAGGGGCGGUCUAUCUUUCCUGGUGGCGGAACUUUCGAUAUGAAAAAUCCAGUCUUUUCGAGGGAGGGAUAUUUACUAAUAGGUCUUACUUUCAGGGAGGGAGAGUAA